ACAUUCCGAAUUGCCGCUCGUGGCCAACAGGUUGCACAGCUGACCUGUCCGAGUUUCUAAGGUCUCGUCUCGAGUCUGACCCUACUCGCAACAUGGUGCGAACAAGUACAUAGAAAUGGAGGGCCUCCCAGGCUCUUGGCAGUCGGGAAUUGCCGUGCGUAUUCUUUUCGCUCUUCCGUUUUGACGACCCCAGAUGAUACUGUUUCAGACAUCGCUAACGCUUAUCGCACGAUGACAGGUUCAGUUCUCUUGGCAGCGUUGCUGUUGCUGGUCGGUUCUGCCGCCGCCCACGGCGGUCUUGCGAACUAUACCGUCGGCGACACAUGGUAUAGGGGAUACGACCCGGACCAACCUUUGGAGGCGCAAGAAGGCCAGCCGUGGAUGGUCCAGCGCAUAUGGGCGACCAUAGACCCAAUCUUCUUCGUGAACGACACCGGCCUCGCGUGCAAUAACCCGGGUACGGCGCCACCAUCGUACAUCCCUAUCACCGCCGGGGACAACAUCACGGCUGUCUAUUGGUACUGGCUCCACCCAGUCGGGCCUAUGACUGUGUGGCUUGCAGACUGCGGGGUGUCUUGCGAGGACAUCGACGUGAACGACUUGAACUUCUUCAAGAUAUGGGAAGCCGGCCUUCUGGAGGGGAAUCUCGUGGAAGGCAUCUGGUAUCAGAAGAAGUUUCAGAACUGGGAUGGCUCCCCAGAUCUAUGGCCUGUCACGAUCCCCGCCACGAUUAAGCCAGGCCUAUACAUAAUAAGACACGAGAUACUGAGCAUCCACAUUGAAAAUAAGCCACAGUUCUACCCCGAAUGCGCACACCUGAAUAUCACUGGUAACGGCACGGCCGUGCCGCCGUCUGAGUACUAUGCGAAGUUCCCAGGGUCUUAUAAGGAGGACGACCCAUCACUGAGAAUCGACAUUUACGCCGAUGAAAUGAAGACGAUAAUAAACUACACGAUUGCAGGCCCGCCAGUGUGGGAUGGAUUCGUAAACAAAUAUUGUCACCAGUGCUGAGGUGCCGGUGGAAACGAUAGUUUAGGGGACGAAGUAUUCCGGGAACGUACCUCUUAAUAUAAACCAACAACGGCAGUAUUGCCCAUCUGACAUGAGCAUGCCUACCAACAAACCAUGACACCUAAAUUCUUGACUCAUGAGGCUAGUGGGGGAACUUCCGGCCGUCACCUAAAUA